UUACCAUGGUUACCAAGGGCAUCUAAACACAACAGGAACCGACCAGCGACACAACUUCUUACACUGAGGUGCUACUUUGGUCUAAAGACCUAAAUUGAAAUAUCUGUAACGUCAGAGGCUUAUUAGAAACUGAGAAAAUGUACAAAGCAGAUUUGCCUGUGGACCAGUCCAUAGAAAAGGCUGUGGAGAGGCGGAGGUCUGCAGAAUCAGCACGUAAAGCUCGGAUCUAUAAUACCCGGCUUCGUGUGCUGGGCCUCGACCUUGAUGCUCUCAAUAAACAGGUCCAGGAGAAAAAACAUCAGCAAAACACGGAGCUGCAAUGGGGAAAAGCUUUUGAUAAGCUCAGAGAGCGUCAUGAUGAAAUCCUGCUGCAGCAAGACAUUGAUGAAAGAGAGAAGCGAGCAGCUUUGCACACUGACCUGACCCAGUAUUGGGCCACUCAACAGCGUGUAGAGGACUCACGCGAUGCUGAUCUCAAGUGCAGCCUGAAGGGGGCAUUCAGGUUCACCAUUCCAGAGGGUGAGCUGGGCCCUGCCAGUAUGACAAUCUUCCAGGGAGAGGACACUGGAGAGGAGCAGAGGAGGAGAGAACAAAUGAAAAAGACAGACAGAGAUCUGCAAGCACAGAAGGAAGACAAUGAGAGGAGGCGCAUGGGAGACAAGCACAGAGAGAGUCUCAUGAGCAAAGAGCUCGUGCAUCAGGACCUUAAGGGGGUUCAGCUACAUGCACUGGAGGAGGAGUGUCGGAAAGCUACCCGCAUGGCACUCGACAACUACAAUCGAGCUCUGGCUGCAGAGCGGGCAGAGAAACUGAAGGAGCAGCACAGGAGAGAAGAAAGGGAGAAUCUUGAAGAGAUGCUGCACACGGCGACAUCUGACAUGAUGACAGAGUGUGCAGAGGCAGCGGAGAGAGAGGUGGAAAGGGGGAGGCCAACACGGGUUCUGAUAGACAGAUGGAAGGGGAUGAGCGCUGAGCAGCUGAGCGCCAUCCAAAGGGAGAGAGAAGAACAGCGUCUUGAGAGACAGAGGCAACGUGAUGCUGAGAAGAUUCGGGACACAGCUCGGGAACUCCAGCUCCUGAAGCUGUCCAGAGAAGCAGAGGAGGAGGAGAGGAGAGCAGAAAAGCUGAGGAGAGAGAAGAGGAUUCAGACAGAUCAUUUCAACAUGCAGCUGGCCAGAGAGCAGCAGGCACAUCAGGAGUACCUAAACAAGAAGCUGUACACCAACAAACCCACCAAGGACUACUUCUAUCAAUUCAACACCGGCUCCCGCUGACAACCACACAAUGUACACAGGCUGUGACAAUGUGCAAAUUAAAUCUAUUGAUUGUUAUACUCACACUCGCUGUGAAUCGAAUCGUGAUUGAUCAAUACUUGCUGCUUAUUCUGAAGAGACACAUAUGCAUUGAUUUUAUUGGCAGAUACUGAUGACAAAGAAGGCACCCUUGUUUUGGUACAGAUUGUUCCACGUAUUUUAUUUUUCAGUCAUAAAUCCGGUUACAGUGGUAGAUUCAUAAUGCAGUUACAGUUAUAGUGGCCACCCAACUCCUGUCGUUCACCCAUGACACAUAUAGAUACCAUCAGUUCCAUUGUGCACCCCACACAGCACAAAGAGGCACAUCUGCACCCCGGCAGUGACACACACACUCCCUGCCCCUCCUUCCUCUCCUAUUUACUCUCACCCCUCCCCUUCCUCUCAGCCAUUGUUGUUUAAAAUCUGCCUGCUUUUUUAUUGAGUUCUGAAGCUUUUCUAAACGAACCAAUUCACUUUUUUUUUUGUUUUUAUCUUUUAAAUAUUAAAAAAAGGGGGAAAACAACAGCGAAAAGCAAAGACCAGCAUCCUCAGCUUUCCCCUCGACACAUGAAAAGCAAAGAGUGAGUGGCAGUCGAGUGAGUAUCUGUGUGUGUACACUCAUUCCUCAUUCAAAGCUAACAUUUGCCCCGAACACUGACAAACACAGAUGUUUAGCAGCAGAUAGUCAAGUUAGUAUAUUGGCAUAUUUUGUGUCAUUCAUCGCUCCUGUAUGAAAAUAGAUUUUUUUUUUUUUUUUAAAAGCUUUAUUUGUCCUGAGUGUGUCUGUAUAACUGACAACAGGGAGUUUACACACACCUCCUUCAGUGCCACCAGCCAGUUUAGACAUCCCGUAUAUUUUACCUCGGGGACUGUCAGGUGGUGUUUGGCCAGUGUCAAGCUUUUAUUUGAAUAAGGAGAACUGAGGCAGCAGCGUUGCAUAUAGGUACUCCCUGUGGUAUGCACAAACCGGCUCUGCCUCUCAUAACUGCAUCAGACAAAAACUCCACAGAUAUUCACUGCGCUGCAAUGCAUUGCAAGAUGGUGAUGGGCAUGAAUGCAAUCUUAGCUUUCGUUGUAAUGGAACUACGACUAACACUAAAUGACACUAAUGUACAUUUUUUUGAUUUUCAGAUUUUGAAAAUGUUCGCAAACAUCUACAGAACAAUAUGGAUUUUUUUUCCUUUUAAUUUUUUCAUUUCAACUAUAAAGUUUUUUUUUUUUUUUUUUGCUAAAACAGCCAAAUCUCACUGCAAUCAUUUGUCAAAAGUGGGGAGGUUGAAUUUAUAGCAAUAGUACAAAGAAGAAAAAUGACAACUUGCAACACUUUAAAAUUAAGUGGUUUCAAACCUGCACAUUUUUCACAUUUUAUAUCAAACGUGGUCGGGUUCAUUAAAACAAUCUUUAGGGGGUUGUAUUUACAUUCUGUGGAGAAAAAAACUGUUCAUCUCAUAACCACUCUUAUCUCUCCGGUACCUUGUAAGCUCAGGUUUUUAUUUAAUCAGUAGCAUGUAAAUACAAUGUCUGCCCAGCUCUGCAAAAGAAUACAUUCUCUGUGUUUGAUGUAAAUGCCAACUGCUUGCCUUUAUUAUACAUCAACUGGCAAUCAUUAUGCCUGUCUGCAAUAUCAACUUGCAUUGAUGAGGGUCUGAAAAUAAAACAUGAGAGUGUUUGCCCGCAGGAGACUCCACUCUCUGAUCUGUAAAUAUACAUAAAUACUGCUCCUCAAACAGUUUGCGAAGUAUGAGAUGGACAGGUAUGAAAAGAUUUGUUAAUUAGAGACAACAAUGUUUUUAAUACAGUGUAGAAAGAGACAAGGACACGUACAGAAAGCUACACAUAGGUCUCGACGAGAAAAAAAUAAUAAUUACAAUAUCAUUUCCAAUAAUGACAUUACACUUCUGGUGGGAAGGCGAGAGAGUAAUGACAUCAAUCUGGUGCUCUAUGCAGACCCAGCAGGCACAGGAACUUAUAAGGAGCAUGUACAUAUCUAUAAUACUGUAUUAUGGCUAAAUAGAUAGAUGUAGAUGCAGCUAUAUACACCAGAUGCUACUCAGCAUGUUCACAGCAAGUUCCCCUUAUGCAUCCAAUGUUAUUUAUAGUAAGAAACUUGGCUUCACUUAGUUUCAAUGAUCUCGAUCUAUGAAAUAUGUCGAUAAAGAAAGUCAUGAGUUUUAUAUAAAUAGUGUAAAAACAAUAUGAAAAAAGUGAUGAUAUAAAUAAAAAAUGGCAGAUAACAAAAAAUAAUUCGUAUUCAAACACAUUUGUAAAAAAAGAAA